AUGUCUUUACCUCUUCGACAUUCAAUUGAAACUGAAACUUCUCUGGAUAGGAUUUUAGAAGAUCUUUUAGUAAGAUUUAUCCUUAAUGUUCCGCCUGAAGACUUGUCUUCGGUGGAGAGAGAAUUGUUCCACUUCGAGGAAGCUUCAUGGUUUUAUACUGAUUUUAUUAAGUUAAUUAAUCCUCAGUUACCUUCCUUAAAAAUUAAGUCCUUUGCAACAAACAUUAUUAGAAUGUGUCCCCUUGUAUGGAAGUGGGAUAUUAAAGCAGAUCAAGCUUUACAAAAGUUCUCCCUUUAUAAGAAAUCAAUCCCUGUUAGAGGUGCAGCUAUUUUCAACGAAAGAUUUAAUAAGAUAUUAUUAGUUAAAGGCACAGAAUCAGAUACUUGGUCUUUCCCUCGUGGUAAAAUUUCAAAGGAUGAAGACGAUGUACAAUGUUGUAUAAGAGAAGUGAAAGAAGAAAUUGGCUUCGAUUUGACUGAUUACAUCGAUGAAAAUCAAUUUAUUGAAAGAAAUAUUUCAGGUAAAAAUUAUAAGAUUUUCUUGGUCUCAAAAGUACCUGAAAGUACUCAAUUUAAACCACAAGUAAGAAAUGAAAUUGAAAAAAUUGAAUGGAAGGAUUUUAAAAAAAUUACAAAAUCGGUUUAUAAAUCUACUACUUCAACAAAAUACUACCUAAUAAAUUCGAUGAUAAGACCGUUAUCAAUGUGGUGUAGACGUCAAAAACAAAAUAAGGGAGAUGAUCAAUUAAAGAAAUAUGCUGAGGAACAACUGAAAUUGUUAUUGGGUAUCCCUGUUACUGAUGAAUCGAUUAGAAAUAUCGUAAAUGGUAUUUCCAAUGAUAACUUGAGUGAACAUGAAUUCAUAGCAUCACAAAACGAAAUCAAUAAUCAAAUGCAACCUCCUUCUCAAACUCCUCAACAUGGUUUGGACUUAGAUCCAGGAAGAGCGUUAUUGGAUUCUUUACAAUCAGCAUUUAAUUCAAAUCAACAACAAAGUUUCAUACCAUUACAGCUUCCACCUCAGAAUCCAAACAAUGUUAUGUUCCCAAUGAUGAAUAACGUUUUCCAGCCUUUUACACCUUAUCCUUUUGUCAAUUCAAAUAAUGGUAAUAUAAUGUUUAAUGCAAAUCAACUGCCACCUUUACGUGCAAACGUAACUUCAACCUUAGACAGUCAAAACCAAAUGGAUGAGAAUAUGGGUAAUAAUUCAUUGCCUUUAACUCCAAACAUCAAUUCUUUAUCUAGACCAUCUAUUGUCCAAACAUCAGGCAGUAAUGAUGCAAAACAAUUAUUAUCUCUGUUGAAAGAGAAAAAAGAACCUGUAUCUGGGUCUUCUACUUUCAAAUUAUUAAAAAGAGGAGAAUCUUUUCCUCAACAAACUCCAGAUACAAACUCUAGCUCAUCAAAAGACCUUUUGAAUAUCCUACAGAACUCUACGCAGAAGCAACCUAUUCAAACACAAAGUUCUUACCAAGCUGAAAGUCAAACUAAUACUCAAAUUGAACAAGAUUCAGACGAAGAUUAUGAAGCAUUCGAAAGCAGUUCAGAUGAGGAGGAACAAGAGCAAUUAGAAGAGCUAAAUAGUGAUGAAAUUCCAAAUCAAAUUAACGUCCCUAAGGAUAUAUUAUCAGAAAAUCAAUUUAGAACGAAUAACUUAGAUAUCCCACAUAAAGACAAUAAAGAUGAUAGUACUAUGUGCGAGCCAGAUCUUAUCGUGUCUACGCCUCCUGUUGUUGAAAAUAAGCCUAAGCAAAAGAUUAAAUUAUUGAGAAGGGGAGAAACACUUGACAAGGAAAACUUGCUUUCACCACCAAGUGUUUUUCGCGAGUCAUUACCUUAUUCUGCUGAUCGCAAAGAUGAAGUUACAUCUGCCAAACCAUUGAUGGAGAUGUUGAAAAAGCCACUGCAAUCAUCUACAGCACAAAAUCAAUAUACACCAUCGCCAACAACAACAUCAACAUCAACAACUGCAGCAGCAGCUUCAACAAUAUCUUCGAAUCCAUUGCUGGAUUUAUUAAAAGGUCCUGUUAGAGGCAACGGAGGUAGCGUAUCCCCUACCAAUAAUAGUGAACAAUUCAGAGGUAGUUCUAUUACUCAAUCUUUUGAUUCAGGCAGCAUAGCGCAAUCUAAUGCACAUGAAUUAUUGAACGUCUUGAAUAGUCCUCCUUCUCAUAAGACAAACGAUUUCUUCCAACCCAAUAUGAAUGAGCCUAAUAUCGCGAACAUUGGCGAUACUAUCAGUUCGUUACCUCGUAUGGUUUCUAGUCCUUCCCAAUAUCAAAUGCCUAUAAAUAAUAAUAAUAUGAUUUCUCAAAAUCAUCCUCCACCAGGAUUACCUCCAUUACAAUCCCAAUCUUCUGCUAAUCAAUUUCUGAAUAUUUUAAAUGGUGGGAGUCCUGCUGUAGGUGACAACAUUGCAUAUUCACCAUUUGGUGGUCAAAUUUCACAAAAUGGACCAAACUCAAACUCUGCAUCCAAUCAAUUAUUAAAUAUACUACAUAGAAAGUAG